UGUCCGUGUUUCCACUCGAAGUUUGUCCUGAGACAUUCCUUCGGGCAAUUAUUACCGACCAGCAAAGCAUUUCGGCCAUUUCCUCCGACGACUAUAUAUUCUCAUUCCCUUUCAGUUCUUAUGUUAGAAUUCGUCGAGUCAGGCUUCGAGCUUUAGCUUCUCUUGUGUUUUUUCCCCCGGAAAACGGCCGCCGGGGAAAUUUUUUCCGGCAUUUCGCGGCGUUUUCUCGGAAUCCGGCCUACUUUUUCUCUCUCCCGCGCGUUGUCCAGAUUUUUUUUCCCCCUGAAUUCUGGGAUACGAGGGGGAUUCGGAGUUCUUGCUGUCCUCUCUCGAGCAUGUUCAUCCUUCACUGGUGGAGUUGAUUCCGCCUUUCCUCAGUUACAGGACCCGACCUGCUUCGUCUCCGGCGACUUCAACUUCUUCUUCUUCUUCUUCUUCCUCCUCCGUCUUCUCGGCGAAAGCGAGGCUCCCGAGAGACUGGAGCCCCGCAUUUCUCCCGAAAAUGGCCGAUGUUUCCUGCUUCCUGUUGCUUUUUCUUUCGGGAGUCAUGCUGAUUCCGACCACGCACCAGCUGCAGACGUACCAAUCCCAGGUCCUGCUUCAACUAAGGAAACACUUGGAGUACCCACCGUGCUUGGACAUCUGGGUAAAUUACUCUGGAGACGUCUGCAAUGCUGCUCCCUCUCCCCAGUUGAGCAUCACGUGCCAGGACACCUUCAUCACCGAGCUCAGGAUCAUGGGAGACAAGCGCGUCAAGGUCCGUGACUUCGAUGGCCACGCAAUUCCCAACCAGACUCUGUCGGAGACCUUCUCUGUCGAUUCCUUCGUGACCACGCUGACCAGACUGACCAGCUUGCAAGUGCUCAGCCUGGUCUCCCUGGGCAUUUGGGGACCACUUCCUGAUAAAAUCCACCGGCUGUCUUCGCUCGAGCUCUUGGAUUUGAGCUCAAAUUACUUGUUCGGCCCGAUCCCGAGUCAGAUAUCGAGGCUGGCGAGCCUCCAAUUUCUGACUCUGGAUGGGAAUUACUUCGAUGGUAGUGUUCCCGAUGGUUUGGACUCCAUGUCCAAUUUGACUGUCUUGAGUCUCAAGAACAACCGGCUCAGCGGUCCGUUUCCAUCUUCCAUUUCGAGGAUAGAGACGCUCAGUACUGUCGCUCUGUCAAAGAACGAGAUGUCUGGUAAGUUGCCUGAUAUGGGUGCCUUGAGCAGCCUUCACCUGCUGGACUUGAUAGACAAUCAUUUCGAUUCCGACCCGCCUAAUUUGCCAAGAGGGUUGGUCACUGUGCUUCUGAGUAGGAAUUCUUUCUCUGGUGAUAUUCCUGAGCAAUACGGUGAGUUGGAUCAGCUCCAACACCUUGAUUUGUCCUUCAAUUUUCUGACCGGAAUGCCUCCGCAAGCCCUGUUCUCUCUGCCGAACAUCAGUUAUUUGGAUUUGUCCUCGAACAUGCUCAGCGGUUCGCUCCCGGGAAAUCUACAUUGCGGAAGUAAGUUGGGCUUCGUAGACAUAUCUAACAAUAAGUUCAUCGGCGAGCUUCCUUCAUGCCUGGGUGCUACUUCGGCCAAGCCCGUGGUUAAGUUUAGCGGGAACUGUUUGUCCGUUGAUGUCAAACAUCAGCACAGCGAGGCUUACUGCAAGACACCUGUUGCGAGGAGGAAGCAUUUUCUCGGAGGAGAAUUAGGAGUUUUGAUAGCCAUCAUCGUUGGCGCUGCUCUCGUCAUUGUGCUUUUGGCGCUUGGACUUCUUGUUUUCUGUAGAAAAGUUCGUUCUAGACGAACAUUUGAGCAACAUGAUUUGCCAAAGAUUGUACAAGAAAAUGCUCCUGCUGGGCUGUCUGCUGAAUUCCUGGCUAGCGCCAGGUUGAUAUCCGAGGCAGCAAAGAUAGGGACACGGAGCGCACCUUCAUAUCGACUGUUUUCGUUGGAAGAGUUGAAGGAAGCAACGAAUGACUUUGCUCCAUCAAAUUUGAUGGGUGAAGGCUCUGUUGGGAAGCUUUACAAAGGAAGGCUCGAGAAUGGAGCCUAUGUUGCCAUUCGGUCCAUAGUUUCGCUGAAGAAACAUUCAGUGCAGAAUCUCCGGGUACGGCUCGACUUGCUUUCUAAGCUCCAUCAUCCACAUCUGGUCGGACUUUUGGGCCAUUGUGCUGAUGGUCAAGGACAAGAUGAGUCCAGUACUAAGGUCUUUCUCAUAUACGAAUACGUGGUCAAUGGAAAUUACCGUACCCACUUAACAGAGAAUUCUCUGGAGAAGGUUCUCAAUUGGUCAGAUAGAUUGGCCAUACUCAUUGGUGUUGCCAAGGCCGUGCAUUUUCUUCAUACUGGGGUCAUUCCCGGUUGCUUCAACAAUAGGUUGAAAACAAAUAAUAUAUUGCUUGAUGAGCAUCAGAUUGCCAAGCUAAGUGACUAUGGAAUGUCCAUCCUCAUUGAUGAUUUCGAAAAGUUGGAGGCAAAGGGAGAAGGACUCAAAACAGGUCAGAAGACGAACAUGGAGGAUGAUGUGUACAAUUUCGGAUUCAUAUUACUCGAGUCACUUGUUGGGACCAUAGUUACCGGGAAAGGAGAGACAUUUCUGCUGAAUGAAAUGGCAUCUUUUGGUAGUCAGGACGGACGGAGACGGAUCGUGGAUCCAAUAGUCUUAACGACAUGCUCGCAAGAGUCGCUGUCCAUCGCGGUAUCCAUCACGAACAAAUGCAUAUCUCUCGACCCCUCGGAUCGCCCCUCCUUCGAGGACGUCCUCUGGAACUUACAGUAUGCGGCCCAAGUCCAGGCGGCGUAUGACACCGACCAAAAAUCCGACGCUACCUCUCAGUCUUGAGGAAGGGCCCCGCAUUUUCAGGGACCGAGCUCUCCUGUAAAUAGUCGGCGGUUACGCAGGUUUAAAUCUGUUCCUUCUUUUGAUUUCUCCAUACGGGCAGGAGCACAAAGCAGACUCCGGCACAUUUGCCCAUUUGAAUCCGGAAUCCGUCUGCCCGGCAAGCACCGGCAUAAGGUUUAAGUUUGGCCCGUGAUAUGCUCAGUCGGAUUGUUCUCAAUCUGGAUGGUACAACGAAGUGUUAACCUGGAAAUGGCUGUAAUGUACAGGAGCAUUCAUCAACUCCAGCACGGUGCCGACAUUUCUUCAAUUUUGCGCUUUACUAGGUUUAGGUGGUCCACUCAUCGCCACUCCCCUGAAAAAUAAAGUUUUUUGUCCAAGCAUUUUGAUA